UGACAAAAGUAAAGCAUUUUUGGCUUUCCCACUAAUAUCAAUAUGCUGCUACAAUCCCCUCCUUUUCAAUUACUAUUUGGGCCACCAAUUUUCAUCUUUUUUUCUCCCUCUAAAUGCUAGUGGCUCUCUAUUAUGCGAUCCUCUUCUUUUUGCCAUCCUUGUUGCAUUAUUGUUUUAACUUCUUGAGGUCUUAUUGCAUGUUAGCAGCUUAAAGUCGCAGGUGAAAAUUGCUAGUAGAAUAGCAGCAGGAGUAGUAGUAGUAGUGAGGAGAGAUGGACAGGGAAGCUAAUAGCCAAGAGAAGCCAUCUCUCCUCUCUACCACUACUUGCAGCAACAACAACAGAGAGGAUCAUCACUCCCCCAGAAAACCCCAAGUAGUUAGCAGCAAUACUGGUGGUGGAAAUAGUGACAGAUUAAAGAGGGAUGAAUGGAGUGAAGGGGCUGUUUCUAGUCUUCUUGAAGCAUAUGAAGCCAAAUGGAUACUUAGGAACCGUGCCAAACUCAAGGGACAAGACUGGGAAGAUGUUGCCAAACAUGUGUCCGCUCGGGCUAAUUCGACCAAGUCACCCAAAACUCAAACGCAGUGCAAGAACAAGAUCGAGUCCAUGAAGAAAAGGUAUAGGUCGGAGUCUGCCACCGCUGAUGCCUCCUCCUGGCCUCUUUAUCCUCGCCUUGAUCUCCUCCUGCGCGGAAAUGCUCCUUCCCAGCCUCCUCAGCUUCCUCCGCCUCCUCAACUGCCUCCACCACCUCCUCCUCCUCCUGUUGCUUCCAACCCUCAUCUCCUCUUGCUUGAGCAACCCCAGCAUCCACCACCUCCUCCACCAGCUCUAGCUCACGCAAAUUGCCCGCAAAACUCCCAUGAUUCCAAUGGUUUUGAUCGAGUUGCCAAGGAAGACGGGGUUGGUCCAAAAUUGUCUGAUCAAGAAUCUGACAAGAAUGCCACGGACACCGACAGCAGCACGCCGGCCAUGUACAGUGACAAGGAGAAGCUGAAGUCGAAAAAUAUAAAGACGAGAAUAGAGAAAAAGAAGCAGAGGAGGGAAAGUUGUGCGAUUGCAGAGAGCAUUAGGCUGUUAGCGGAGGUGGUAGUGAGGUCAGAGCAAGCACGGAUGGAUACGAUGAGGGAGUUGGAGAGGAUGAGGGCUGAAUCCGAGGCCAAGAGGGGAGAAAUGGACCUCAAGAGGACUGAAAUCAUUGCCAACACUCAAUUGGAGAUUGCUAAGAUCUUCGCAGCUGGGAAUGGGAAUGGGAAUGGGAAUGGCAAUGGCAAGGGAGUGGAUUCUUCUUUGAGAAUUGGUAGGAGUUGAGAGUGCAUUCUCGAAAAGUUGAAAUUGACUUUUGGGAGGAAAGAAUUGCAAAUGCCAAAAUUUUGACAGGCAUAUAAUGACAUUAUUGUAACCUUUCUUCUUCCACUGCCAAAUAGGGAAAACAAAACAUUAGUGUUCAA